CCAACAACCAGAUUAGCAUCUCCCCACCUCAUCAUGGCGGCGAAUUCCCUGUACAAUAUCUACCGUCUGGCCAUCCCCGUGGCUACGGGAGCCAUGAUCUUCAACUCCUCGAUCUACGACGUCCGUGGCGGAACCCGCGCUGUCAUCUUCGACCGACUGUCUGGUGUGCAGGAGAAGGUUGUCAACGAGGGCACACAUUUCCUCGUCCCUUGGUUACAGAAGGCCAUUAUCUACGAUGUCCGAACCAAACCUCGCAACAUCUCUACCACUACUGGAAGUAAAGAUUUGCAGAUGGUCAGCUUGACUCUGCGAGUUCUCCACCGUCCUGACGUCCCGAAACUGCCGGCCAUCUACCAGUCAUACGGUACCGACUACGAUGAGCGUGUUCUCCCAUCCAUCGGAAACGAAGUCCUUAAAGCCAUCGUCGCUCAAUUCGACGCCGCAGAACUAAUCACCCAGCGUGAGGCUGUCUCCAACCGCAUCCGCACAGACCUGAUGAAGCGCGCUGCGCAAUUCAACAUCGCCCUGGAGGACGUCUCCAUCACCCACAUGACCUUCGGAAAGGAGUUCACGCGCGCCGUCGAGCAGAAGCAGAUCGCACAACAGGAUGCCGAACGAGCCCGUUUCAUCGUCGAGAGGGCUGAGCAGGAGCGCCAGGCCAACGUUAUCCGUGCGGAGGGUGAAGCUGAGAGUGCCGAUAUCAUUAGCAAGGCUGUUGCCAAGGCUGGAAGCGGUCUCAUUGAGAUUCGUCGGAUCGAAGCUAGCAAGGAGAUUGCGCAGACCCUUGCCACUAACCCGAAUGUCACCUAUCUGCCUGGAGGCGAGGGCAAGGAUGGCGGAAAGAGCACAAGCCUUCUCUUGGGCCUUAGGAGUUAAGGUGUUCCUAAUCUAAUAAAAUUAAACCGAUUGUAUUUUUUACCCCUAACUUUUUCCACUUAUUGUUGUUUCCGUUUUUUUUUUUUUUUGCCUUG